AAACUUUAAUAUUAUCAUAAUAUUUGCAGUUCCAGUUCCAUGGAGUUACUAACAUGGGCUACCUUCUUUUUAUACUGUUCGAUUGGUUUUGGCACCAGACUUGGGGCAACGGCAAGGGCUAUGACGGGGACAAAAUCUCAAGGAGCAGAGGCAGAAGCUCUCCUGAAAAGUGGGUGGUGGGAUGACACUCCCCGCAAAUCUACAAAUCACUGUGGUUGGCCUGGUGUAACAUGUGACAGUACUGGAAGUGUCACCGAAAUUCAUUCAUCAAAUCCUAUUAUCGGUGUGGGAGAGAAGUUUGGAAAAAUGAACUUUUCUUCCCUUCCCAAUCUUGUUCGGCUUGAUCUCAGCGGUCUAGGAAUCAAGGGGAGCAUCCCACCUCAAAUUGGUGCUCUUUCAAGUCUCAAGCACCUAAAUCUGUCCAGUAAUGAUCUAAGAGGUGCGUUACCUUCUUCACUUGGAAAUCUAACUCAAUUAGUGGUGCUUGACAUUUCUUUCAAUUACAUCAAUUCCAUCCCACCUCAAAUUGGUGCUCUUUCAAGUCUCAAGCACCUAAAUCUGUCCACUAAUGAUCUAAGAGAAGUUGAGAAUUUGAAGAAUCUUGUCUCCUUGAACUUGACAAGGAAUUACUUUUUUGGAUCGAUUCUUCAAACUCUAGGCCAUUUGACCAAUCUUGCUUACCUGCACUUGACCUCAAAUCCUUUAAAUUGUAGUAUACCUCCAGAAACAUGGAACUUGAAAAAUCUAGUCGUCUUAGACCUGAGCCAUUGCCAACUAACUGGUCCAAUCUCUUCUGAUAUCAGUCAGAAUUUAACCCAUUUGGUAUCUUUGGAUCUGUCCUUUAACAUGCUUAGAGGUCCAAUACUUUCCUCUCUUGGUCUAUUGCCCAAUUUAAUUACUUUGGAUCUAUCCAAUAUCUUGCUUGAAGGUCCAAUACCUUCCUCUCUUGGUCUAUUUCCUAAUUUAGUUACUUUGGAUCUAUCCAAUAACUUGCUUAAAGGUCCAAUACCUUCCUCUCUUGGUUCAUUACCCAAUUUAGUUACUUUAGAUCUAUCCAAUAACAUGCUUGAAGGUCCAAUCCCCUCAUCUCUUGGUCAAUUAACCAAUUUGUCAACUUUAUCCCUUGGAUUCAAUAAAUUCAACAGCUGUAUCCCUCCAGAAUUCGGAAAUUUAAGGAAUCUCACCUAUUUGAGUAUCGCGGGGGCCCAACUCAUUGGUCCACUUCCUUCAACUUUGGGUUACCUGACAAAUUUGAAAACCUUUGUUCUUUAUGGAAAUCAAAUCAAUUGUUCUAUCCCUGUAGAACUAGCAAAACUUAGGAGCUUGACUUGGUUGGAUCUCGGUAUCAACAAAUUAGGGGGUUCAAUUCCUGCAUCUUUGGGUCUAUUGUCUAAUUUGAGCUCUUUGUUCCUUGACUCAAAUGGUUUUGAGGGUUUCAUUCCACCAAAAUUAGGAAAUCUAAACAAUUUGCAACUGCUUUGGCUCAGGGAGAACAAAAUAACUGGUCCACUCCCUCCCACUCUAUUUCAUUUAACUAAUUUAGAGUCGUUGCGGCUUGAUUCAAAUCUUUUGGAAGGUUUGAUACCUGAAGACAUUGGGAAUACAAGAUCUUUGCAAUAUUUGAUACUUUCCCAAAAUAGAUUGAGUGGACCGAUCCCGACUCAGAUUGUGAAUUGCUCCAACUUGGAACUUUUGUUGUUGAGCAACAACUCUCUAAAUGGAAGUAUCCCUCCUCAUAUUGGCAAUCUCUCAAUGCUCUUACAAAUUGAUUUCAGCCAGAAUUACAUCAAUGGAGAAAUGCCUUUCCAACUUGGGAAUUUAACAAAUUUAGUGGUCUUAGAUUUGAGUUGCAACAAUCUUUCUGGCUCUAUUCCCCAUUUGCCACCUAGUUUGAAUAAACUUAAUUUGUCAUAUAAUUCUUUUGUGGGUCAAAUCCCAAAUAAUUUGCAUCAUUUUCCUCAAAGUUGUUUCAUUGGAAACAAGGAUUUAAAUGAUGAACAACUUAUUGGGUCCCCUUCUCUCCCCCCUUCUCUCCCCCCAUCCCUUAUUGAAGAUAAAAAAUCAAGCAGCAGAGAAUCAAGACAUGAUUCAUUGCCGAGGCAUCUUAAAAUUAUUCUUCCGAGCACCAUUUCUCUUGCCUUGGUAUCUUUGGCAUUGUUGUUACUAUCUCGAGGAGUACAUGGAGCUAAAUGUAAGGAAGUAGAUCCAAGUCCAAUGAAAAAUGGGGAUAUAUUCUCAAUAUGGAACUUUGAUGGAAGGGUUGCAUAUGAAGACAUCAUUGAAGCAACUGAGGAUUUUGACAUAAGAUAUUGCAUUGGUACUGGGGGCUAUGGAAGUGUUUAUAGAGCACUCUUGCCAAAUGGUAAAGUAGUCGCUUUGAAGAAACUUCAUCGAAGGGAAGCAGAGGAACCAGCUUUUGAUAAGAGUUUUAAGAAUGAGGUUAAGAUGUUGACAGAAAUACGACAUAGGAACAUUGUGAAGCUUCAUGGAUUCUGUCUGCAUAGGAGAUGCAUGUUUUUGAUCUAUGAAUACAUGGAAAAAGGAAGCUUGUUUUGUGUGCUCAGAAGUGACGAAGAAGCGGUGGAGCUAGAUUGGAACAAAAGGGUGAAUAUCAUAAAAAACAUAGUGCAUGCUUUGUCUUAUCUUCACCAUGACUGCAUCCCACCCAUCAUUCAUAGAGACAUAUCAAGCAAUAACAUUCUAUUGAACUCGGCACUGAAGGCUUUUAUUUCUGACUUUGGAAAUGCUAGGCUUUUGGAUCCUGAUUCAUCCAAUCAUACCAUACUUGCUGGCACUUACGGUUAUAUUGCCCCAGAGCUUGCUUAUACGAUUGCUGUGACUGAGAAGUGUGAUGUUUAUAGUUUUGGGGUGGUGGCAUUAGAAAUACUAAUGGGAAGGCAUCCUAGAGAACUAUUGACAUUGUCAUCAUCACUGUCUUCUUUGCAAAAUGUGAUGCUAAGGGACAUAUUAGAUACGCGCCUGCCCCCUCCAAGAAGCAUAAAUGUAACCCAGAAUAUUGUAGUUGUUGCAACAAUUGCAUUUGCUUGCUUGCAUGCAAAACCCAAGUCCAGGCCAACCAUGAAAUUUGUGUCUCAACAGUUUGUUGCCCGCCAAAGACCACUUUCGAAACCUUUUCCAGCUAUUUCCCUAUUGGAGCUGGUGAAUAGUGAUUUGGGAAUGGAAAAUGGAAGAUAAUCUCAAUUAGAAGUUUCAAGUCAUCCAGAUAAGCAUCAUGGUUCCCCCUCAAAUUAGAUGCGAGCGAGUAUCCUAUGGAUCAUCUCUUUUUUCCCUCAUAUUUUAAGUUCUGUUUGUCCCUUUUCAUGCCGCAAUUUUCUGUUUAAAAAUGAUUAAAUGGAAUUCAUGAGA